GGGCCAGCCGGCGUUGGGAGGCGGGGAAAAGCGACGCAAGCAGCCGCGACGCCAUUUGCUGCGGCUGAGCGUGGGCGCAGGCGGAUCUCGGAAGAACUCGGUCGCGAGACUCUCCCGCGCACGCGAGCCGGCCUCUCUUGCCUGCUUGGUACCGCGAGGUCCCACGCGUUGCCCCGGGGGCCCCUCGGAGGAGUCGCUGCUCCCGCCGCCGCAGCCAACCGCAGGAUAGGAGUCGGAAACGCCGGGAGGCUUCCGUCACCGCCAUGCCCAAGAAUAAAGGUAAAGGAGGUAAAAAUAGACGCAGAGGUAAGAAUGAGAAUGAAUCUGAAAAAAGAGAGCUGGUGUUCAAAGAAGACGGACAAGAGUAUGCUCAAGUAAUCAAAAUGUUGGGAAAUGGACGAUUAGAAGCGAUGUGCUUUGAUGGUGUAAAGAGGUUAUGUCACAUCAGAGGGAAAUUGAGAAAAAAGGUUUGGAUAAAUACUUCAGACAUUAUAUUGGUUGGUCUCCGAGACUACCAGGAUAAUAAAGCCGAUGUAAUUUUAAAAUACAAUGCAGAUGAAGCUAGGAGUCUGAAGGCAUAUGGCGAGCUUCCAGAGCAUGCUAAAAUCAAUGAAACUGAUACAUUUGGUCCUGGAGAUGAUGAUGAAAUUCAGUUUGAUGACAUUGGUGAUGAUGAUGAAGACAUCGAUGAUAUCUAAAUUGAAUUCAACAUUUUACAUUCCAAUUUCUCUGAGGAUUGUUCCAACAAUUUGGAUUUUGGCUGUGACCUGUUAAAGAAGAUUAAAAUUUAAUUAGCAUGAGUGCAAUUUGCUAAAGCAGACUGAUUUGUUUCUAAGGUAUUUCUUUAAAAACUGGUAAUGCUGAAUUCUCUUAAGUGAAAAGUUAAACCCCCUUUGUUCUUUUGAUGUAUUGGAGCUUAUGGGUAAAAGACCACAUCUACUAUUUUUAAAAAGAGGGGAGAAAUGCAUUACUGCCUUUCCUACUUUGACCCCUUCCCGUAAGUAAAUGAAUGUUCUGAAUUAACUAUUUGCCCUACACUCAUUAUGGAUUAUGAUUAAGCCCUAACUUUGACUAGCCUG